CGUCUAUUUCUGGUAGGAAUGAUCCUCUGUGCUCGUCCUUGUCAGAUGACACAGAGAGGACGAAGGGAACAAAACGCAACGGAGCAGUCUGCAACAUGAGGAAUUUUCUGGUUUUAGGACAAAGAAUCUCAAGGACCUUCUCCAGCUCCAGCCGAGCCCAUGUUCAGAACAGAGUUCCAGAGAAACAGAAGAUAUUCCAGGCGGACAAUGGAUUACCUGUUCACCUAAAGGGUGGCUCAGGGGAUCUCAUCCUGUACCGAAUUACAAUGGGCCUCACCAUUGCAGGAAGCAGCAUGUCCAUCUAUCACAUUAUCAUGGCUUGUAGGCCAAAGAAGGAAUGAGCAUCGUGACGGAAUUAGCGAUGGUCGGCCAAUAUCCUAAUGGAGAGAGACGCUAAAAUAAAAGCUGCGGUGUGUA